CACGCGCAGUUACUGCCGCUCGGAGGCCAUGUUUGGCUCAAGUGUUGGGUUGUGAUUUUUUUUAGGGUUCCGGGAAGAAGCUGUUGUUGUUGUGGGGAGGACAGGAUUUGUUGGUUUGUGGGGCCCGUUCGUUGGAGGCUUUCUCCUCACUCCGUGCUGUUUUGGCUAUGUGUGCUGAAUGUAAGAGGGGUGGGGAUGAUUGAGAGGCGCUUCCACCUCCCGCAGGAAGGUCCCGCCGACCCCCCGCACUUAUUCUAGUUGUUUCUGUCCGGAGCCACCAUGUCUUCCCACUCUCAGGGAAGCUUCGACCUAUCUCGGAGGAACCCGCAGGAGGACUUCGAGUUGAUCCAGAGGAUCGGGAGCGGCACCUACGGCGAUGUUUACAAGGCUCGGAAUGUCAAUACUGGAGAGCUGGCAGCCAUUAAAGUUAUUAAGCUGGAGCCUGGUGAAGACUUUGCCAUUGUACAGCAGGAGAUCAUUAUGAUGAAAGACUGUAAACACUCAAACAUAGUUGCAUAUUUUGGCAGUUAUCUCAGACGUGACAAGCUAUGGAUUUGUAUGGAGUUUUGUGGAGGUGGAUCAUUACAAGAUAUUUAUCAUGUGACAGGACCUUUAGCAGAACUACAGAUUGCUUAUGUGUGUAGAGAAACGCUACAGGGUUUAUAUUAUCUUCACAGCAAAGGAAAAAUGCACAGAGAUAUAAAGGGAGCAAAUAUCCUUCUGACAGAUAAUGGCCAUGUGAAAUUAGCUGAUUUUGGAGUAUCUGCACAGAUUACUGCAACUAUAGCAAAAAGGAAAUCAUUUAUUGGGACUCCAUAUUGGAUGGCCCCAGAGGUCGCAGCUGUGGAGAGGAAAGGAGGUUAUAACCAACUGUGUGACAUCUGGGCAGUUGGCAUAACGGGUAUUGAGCUAGCUGAACUUCAGCCACCAAUGUUUGACUUGCAUCCAAUGAGGGCUUUGUUUUUGAUGACAAAGAGCAACUUCCAGCCUCCGAAGUUGAAGGACAAGAUAAAAUGGUCAACUAAUUUUCAUCAGUUUGUAAAAUUGGCACUUACUAAAAAUCCCAAAAAAAGACCUACCGCUGAAAAGUUAUUGCAGCACCCAUUUGUGGCACAGUCUUUGAAUCGUACACUCGCUAUAGAAUUGCUUGAUAAGUUGAACAACCCAGAUCAUUCCAGUUAUCAUGAUGUUGAUGAUGAUGAUCCUGAGCCACCAAUAUCAGUUCCUCAUCGAAUUCAGUCCACUAGCCGGAAUGUGAGAGAAGAAAGAACACGAUCUGAGAUUAACUUUGGACAAAUAAAAUUUGAUCCACCAAUGCGGAAAGAAACAGAGCCUCAUCAUGAACUUCCCUACUGUGAUGAUUUUUUGGACAUUUCAGAAGAGAUUUACUACACAGCAAGACCUAAUCUGGAUCUACAACUAGAAUAUGGACAAGGACCCCAGAGCAGUUAUUUAUUGGGUGGAAAUAAGAGUCUUCUAAAAUCAGUAGAAGAGGAACUGCAUCAGCGGGGACACGUGGCACAUUUAGAUGAUGAUGAUGGUGAUGAUGAUGAAUCUGAACACUCAACAAUGAAACCCAGGAUGCCACCACCUCUUCCUCCCAAGCCAAAGUCAAUCUACAUACCACAAGAAAACAGUUAUCCUGAGGAAGAGAAUCAAGGCACAAUCAAGAGAUGUCCGUCUGACAGCCCUGCACGACCAAGCACACAAGUGCCACCAAGACCUCCCCCUCCUCGGUUACCUCCCAACAGUAGUUAUAUCAGGACCAGCAUCUUAGGAAAUGGAGUGAACUCAAUUCAAGUGAAUGGGGAGAAAGACAGCAGUCCUCAGCAACUGUAUGAAAACAGAAGCAGUUAUCCACCAGGGCUUCCUCCAAGGAAAGACAAAAAAGAUCUCCCCAAACCUAUUAGCAAUGGUCUUCCUCCAACCCCAAAGGUGCAUAUGGGUGCUUGUUUCUCUAAGGUUUUCAAUGGUUGCCCUUUGAAAAUUCACUGUGCAACAUCAUGGAUUAAUCCAGACACGAGAGAUCAGUACCUCAUAUUUGGUGCUGAAGAAGGCAUUUACACUUUAAACCUUAAUGAAUUACAUGAAACAUCAAUGGAGCAGCUUGUCCAAAGAAGGUGUUCAUGGCUGUAUGUGAUGAACAAUGCAUUGCUUUCAAUAUCUGGAAAAGCUUCCCAAUUGUACUCUCACAAUUUGUUGGGUCUUUUUGAGUAUGCCAGACAAAUGCAAAAAUUGCCUGUAUCUAUUCCUGCAUAUAGACUUCCUGACAGAAUACUUCCAAGGAAAUUUGCUGUAUCUACAAAAAUUCCAGAUACAAAAGGCUGCCAAAAAUGUUGUGUAGUAAGAAAUCCUUACACAGGACACAAAUACCUUUGCGGUGCAUUGCAAUCCAGCAUCGUCCUGUUGGAAUGGGUUGAGCAAAUGCAAAAGUUUAUGUUAAUCAAACAUGUUGACUUUCCUCUGCCAAAUCCAUUGAAAGUCUUUGAACUGCUAGUGGUUCCAGAGCAAGAAUAUCCCCUGUUAUGUGUUGCUGUUAGUAAAGGAACAGAACUUAACCAAGUAGUACGAUUUGAAACUGUUAAUCCAAAUUCUACUUCAUGUUGGUUUACUGAAACAGAUCAGUUGAGAGGCAAAUAUAUGCCACAGGCAAAUGUUAUCCAUGUAACCCAGCUAGAAAGAGAUACAAUAAUAGUCUGCAUGGAUCGAUGUUUAAAGAUUGUAAAUCUCCGAGGUAGAUUGAAAUCAAGCAGAAAGCUGUCUUCAGAACUAACAUUCACUUUUCAAAUUGAAUCAAUAGUUUGUUUACAGGACAGUGUUCUUGCUUUCUGGAAACAUGGAAUGCAGGGGAGAAGCUUUAAGUCAAAUGAGAUUACACAAGAAAUAUGUGAUAAUUCAAGAAUCUUCAAACUUUUAGGCUCUGACAGAGUUGUGGUGCUAGAAAGCAGACCAACAGACAACCCAACUGCUAAUAGCAACUUGUACAUCUUGGCUGGCCAUGAAAACAGCUACUAAUCGCCAUUAGAUUUUUGCAUGGGAGUGUACAUAAACAAAGAAAAUACAAUUGCUUUCUCCAGCAUUGAAGGGUGUUUGAGACUGUUCAGAAGCCACAGUGAUGUCUAUUUAUCAUAGACAAAACUAAUCAAUAUUUUAUUUAUUGUGGCAUGAAAUCUAUGUGGAGGAUGUUUAAGUGCCACAACACCUUAACUUCAAAAUGUUACACAAGUGCUUGUAAUCUAUGUAUAUAAAUGUUUAGUUUUUCAGUAUGUACUUCAUAUUGUUGAAGUCACACGCUAUAACUCUUAAUGUAGAUAGUAGUGCAUAUUGUGUACAGUUAAGUAUCUUCACUGUACAGAUUUGUAUAGGUUUGCAUGAUGCAAAAUUUAAUUUGGGUACUGCUUUUAAGAAAUUAUUUGGAAUUUACUUUAUUCAAUUGAGAUUAGUAUAUAUUUUGCAACAUGAAAUGAGCAGUAUACCCAUCUAAUCAUCUAACACUUGUAUUUUUAAGUGUAAUUUAGUAAUUUGGAUAUCAAUUGGAGUAACCUUGAAGGAUUAUAAUCUAAACCUUCAUCUAUUUGUAUGCUUGUUGUUUUUAAUAGUUUCCUUGCAAGUACACUGGUAUUAAGUUUGCACAAUAAUGCUGAUAAAAUGUGAUGUAUUUUACUCAUGUGGUGAACUCUGGGGCAUCCAUUCGGAUUUAAUUGUCCUAUUUUAAGAGUAGUAGAAGGAUGCUGCAGUUUAAUAGCUGUUGAUGUCUGUUAUAUAUCAUGUUUUAAAAAUGAAAAAUUGGGUUGGCCAACAUUUACUAUACUGAUGAUAUCUGAAUUUUACUUGGUAAGAAGUAGAUAUGAUAGUAGCCUUUCUCUGCUGUCGUCAUGUUAACCCAUACUGGCAAGGCUCCAAAAGCAAAUAAGAUUGUACUAUUUUGUAUUUGGAUAAAUGAAAACACUGUAAAAAGUUUAAACUAACUGAUACCAACACACAAUGUUCAAAAGGUGUUGGUACAUAAAAGUAUACACAACUUUUGAUGUAACACUAUAUCAUUGCAUUAUUAUCACUCAGUAAUACAUUUUCAGCUGCCAAUAACUUUUGUAACUGAAACAUGAUUUUUCUAAAUGACAGGGUUUGAAAUAUCCCAUUUUAGUUUUUCAAUUUGAAUUUUCUUUGUGUAAGCCUUAUUCUGCCAAAUCUAUAAACAUACAUCAGAAUUUCUCCCUGAACUGUUGUAUGUUCCUUUAUACACUGCAAAAGUUAGUUAAGUGUUUCUACCUCAUGUAGAUACAAUUUUUGUGGGAAACACUCGGCACAAGAGCAUUAUUGGUAUUAUAGGUAUUCUGAUUCAGUCAAAUUGCAGUACCUAAUAUUUGUACAAAGUAUCAACAUAAUUGCAUAUAUGGGCUUGUUACUUUUUAUAUAUUUUUCCAUGUUUUCAUUUGGUUAUGGUCAUCGGGAACAAAAUGUUUUGAUUUGUGUCGAUUAGCCAAGUUACUGACAUGAUCCAUUCAGAUGUUUCCUGUUGUGUAUAUACUGUAAAAUAAAUUCAAAGGGUUUGCAUUUAA